AUGGAGGGAGAUGAAGAGCCCACAGCCCAGCAACCUCAGAGCCUUGACGCCAUCAUGUCUUCGCCUAUGCCGCCAAAGCCCACCACUCCGCGCAGUGUUGCUCCCAUGAAGCCCGCCAUGUCCGAGAUGCAUCCCAGCAGAGUUCACCAAACGAUGGCUCCCCCGUCUUCAGGCCUCAAAUUCGGAUUUGUCGACAUCAACGCCAAUGCCAGAACCCGCGAACAGCCUUCGGGCAUCACCCAGACCACGCCAUCCAAGACGCCACGCGCCCCUUCUACUGACUUUACCUUCCGUGUUGCUAGUCCCACGAGCGGUGAGCUGGGUCUUGGGCCCGAAGCGCAACGCAUGAUGGACGAGCUGCGCGAACAGGCAGCUGUGCACAAGGCGAGAAUUAUCGCCGAACGCCAACAAGAAAAGCUGGAGAAGGAGCAGGCAAGCCAAGAUGCCCGAAAGAUUGCUUCCGCAAAGGGCAAGAUGGGACGUUUCAGUGACGUCCAUUUGAAGGAGUUUAAGAAGAUGGACUCGAUUGCGACCCCUGGCACACACACAGUCACAAAAGCCUUCAAUUUUACUCCCCUAAAAUCUGGUAUGAAGCGGAGCCAAUCUAAAGCCAAUCUCGACGAACCGGCCUCCACUUCACGCAAGGCCCCUGCCACAACGCUGGACUCUAAAUCCCACCAGAAGCCCAAGGACAGACCAGAGAUACCUGCAAAGCGCGUCAAGCAGCGCGUUGAAGAUGAUGCAUCAUCCGCCCGUCCAGUCUCGCGGGAUGGCAGCAAUAUCCCCCGACCCAAGAGCAGCGGUAGUGACUCCAUUCGAAGUGGUAUUCCGCGCUCACAAACUAUGACAAACAUCAUGACUCCGACUAAGGCCUCUGCAGCAAAGGGAAGUCUGAACAAGACUCCCUCGGCCACUUUGGCGAAAUCAUCUACGAAGCCAGACUUGACUGCAUCUGCCCAGCCUUCUAACAGAUCAAAGCUGGGCAGUCUCAUUAGGUCGCCGACUCGAUCCGACCUGUCAUCUCUGCUCAAGUCUCCCGGCAAGACGGGCAUCGAUGGCAGCCUAAAGAAGUCUGCUACAACCAACAGCUUGGGUACUUCGACGAGUAUUCCCUCACUUGUUCAAACACCUGGUCGAUUUGAUAGAGUCAAGUCCAUCCUAAAGAGACAAAUCAGUGUAUCAAAGUCCAGAACCCAACUGCCACACUUUGGUAGCAGCACGACACAACCCCCAAAAACGCCCGGCAAAUCGCAAAAGGACGUUCUCGCUGUCCCCAUGACAACACCUGGACAGAAAUUCGGCAAGCAUGUCGAGUUCACCCCCGAUACCAAACAGGCUACUCUAACUCAGAACUCGCCCUCACCAAUGAAAUCGGGUAUUCCGAGAUCCAGGUCGUUCAAGAAGAUUCCUGCACCAAACUUCCAGUCACUGUCUGCUGCUGUCAGCGUCAAGUCCCCCGCAGAUGAAGUCACUUAUCCUGACCUCUCAGCUUAUCAAGAAAAGCCCGAGGAGGAUAUCAAGGUAACUGUUGAUUCAGAGGAUUCCAGCGUGCUUCCUAACGGUGUUCCUGGGACCUUUACAUUCCGAAGUGACCACACGAUUCGCUUCCACAGCGCUUCUCCUAAUGGCUUUGGUGGUGCGGCUGGACAGGCGAGCCUCCGUCAAGUCAGAGCUUCCGUGGGUCCUGGUAUAAGUAUGCCUGGAGCUUACCCAACCAUCAACGAACCAGCAUCUCCCAACAAGGAGAACAAGGACCCUGGUGUAAUCAGUGGCAUUGCUCACGGCAUGUCGAACAAGAAGCGACACCGGGCUGUUUGGGAUGAUGAGGAGGUCAAGACUGGUAUCUCUCAUGGCCUCUCAAACAAGAAGCGCGGCCGAGCGGACUCGGAUGACGAGCAGGAGCAAGAUGAAGGGGCUCAUCGUGGAGCUAAGAAGCUUCGCAAGAACCCGACAGCUGCUGAGGGUCAAGCACUUGUUGCUCCCAGACUUACGGGCACCCCUUCUCCCAAGAAGACGCUUCAGCCGCAACAAAGGUUCGCCAGUACAUCUGGUACGCCCAGUCCACAGAAGAAGGGAAUUAGCAUGAGCCGUCUCAAUAUGCUGGCUCGGCCCAAGAUUCGCAAGUAG